GUCUUCAACGCGUCCACCGGUGAACAGUAUAGCGUCAGAGAUAGUUAUAUACCAUUGAAUUCAAUCGGUUGUGUUAUUACACCUGAAAAUAUUUACGCCAAUAUAUCAAAAUCAGAUCAUCCGAAUCGUCUGAAUUAUGACAUCAGUAAAAGCGCUGAUUGGAGGCCACUCUUCGGCAAACAGUAUCCGUCGCCACCGAUUGUCAGCAUUCAGCCGGAAUCGCUUCAAUACACGUCCGCCGACUUCGACAACGCCAUGAAAUUGCAGGAAAAACUUGAUAAACAUUUGCGCGAAUCGUUUAUGCGAUGGCGCCGUCGGAACCGUACGUUUUUCAACCGACACGUGAUUCAGUCCAUUAGGAAAAUGUUGCCCCGACUCGAGAGCGCCGGCAAAGUGCAG